ACAAACCACCCACUUAUUUUGUAGCCUACCGUUGAGGAGUCACGAGAAGUUUAAUGUUAGCGAAGCUCCACGAAAAUGACACAGAGGUGAAUGGAGAUGACAAAUACGGAGAUAAUGAAAAUGACUUCGCUGGUGGGUUUCUGUUAAGAAACGAAAGCUUACUUGUGUGAGGUUCGGGCUUUUACUUUGUCAGCCCACCUGCACUCGUUGUGACUCGUCUUGCACAGGAACCGCUGUGGCGGCUAGCGAAGAUCGUUAGCCGCUAACUACAGCAGCUAGCGAGCUAAUUAGCCGCUUCGUCCGAGUGAAGUGAGCAAGUCGCGGCGUGUGAUGCUAACGACGCCGAGGCUACUGUUGGAGGGCUGCUGAGUUGGAUAUACUCCCAGGAGGGAUUCGUUGCCACUAGCGCUUGCGGUAUCAACACCGGUGGCAGCUAUCUUGUUGUGCUUCCCCGCUGCCCUUUUCUCGUUGUUGGCGGAGGGUCCUGACUGCACGCCGCUGAAGGCAUGCUAGCAACCGCUGCAGCCAGCUAGAGUGAUGUGUUACAUUAGCUAACGAUUAUCACAGUUUUUGUUUUUAGUCAUUUGUGAGUGGACAUUAUCACUGGUUCGACCUCGGGGGACCGACGGAGCAGUAUCAUCCCACUGUGACGCCUGUACACUCGUUGUACUUUCAUGUAUCACCCGAGAGUUACUUGUCCUUCUAGAAGAACCAAACACGGAGCAUGCAGGAGAAGAAAAGAUUUCAGAUAAGUAGAUAGGGCACGUCGGACACAACCGUGUUAAACUGUACUGUAUGGUUAAUUUACCACCAAACAGGGAUUGCAGCUGGUGACGGAGAAAGUUAAGGAUGAAGAAGUUUUCUAGAAUGCCAAAGUCCGAGAGCGGCGGGCUCGGAGGGGCGUCCGGGUCCAGCUCCAGUUCCGGAGUCAGCAGCUACUUGGGAAAAGUGUUUGCAAUCGGCCGGUAUCAAGUCACCGUGGAAGAGCUUGUCGCGGAGGGAGGCUUCUCAGUGGUGUUUAUGGCUCGUACGCACAGUGGUGUUCGCUGCGCUCUCAAAAGGAUGUACGUCAACAACGUCCCGGAUCUAAAUGUCUACAAGAGAGAGAUCACUAUCAUGAAGGAGCUGUCAGGCCAUAAGAACAUAGUCGGCUACCUGGACUCCACGAUCAGUGUAGUGUCGGACAGCGUCUGGGAGGUCCUGAUCCUCAUGGAAUACUGUAAAGCGGGUCAGGUGGUGAAGCAGAUGAACCAGCGGUUGAAUGUGGGCUUCAGUGAGGCUGAGGUCCUCCACAUCUUCUGUGAUACCUGCGAGGCUGUGGCCCGCCUGCAUCAAUGCAAGACACCAAUCAUUCACAGAGACCUAAAGGUUGAAAACAUCCUACUAAACGACCAGGGAAAUUAUGUGCUAUGUGACUUUGGUAGUGCAACUCACAAGAUUUUGCUGCCACUUAAAGAUGGAGUGACUGCUGUGGAGGACGAGAUUAAGAAGUACACGACCCUUUCAUAUCGUGCACCGGAGAUGAUUAACUUGUAUGCAGGGAAAGCCAUCACCACUAAGGCUGAUAUAUGGGCACUUGGAUGCUUGUUGUACAAGCUGUGUUUCUUCUCACUUCCAUUUGGGGAGAGUCAAGUUGCCAUAUGUGAUGGAACCUUUAUCGUUCCAGAUAACUCCAAAUUCUCCUUCAAGUUGCACUGUUUAAUCAGAUAUAUGCUCGAGCCAGACCAGGAGAAGAGACCAGAUAUAUAUCAAGUGUCCUACUUUGCUUUCAAAUUAGCAGGAAAAGACUGUCCAGUGCCAAAUCUUUUUAACUCUCCCAUCCCUACAUCGCUCCCAGAGCCUCUAACGGCUAGUGAGGUCGCUGCUAAGAAAAGUAUGACAAAAGCCAGGAUAACAGACUCUGUGGGUCCGACCGAGACAUCAAUAGCUCCCAGACAGAGGCCAAAAGCGGCAAACAGCAAUGUCCUGCCCCUCGCCACUGUCACCCCUGUCAAGAUGACCGUGCCUCCAGCAACUGUCAGCAACGGCCAGAAAGCUCCCACUCCAGGCUCAGGGCAGCCAUCCAUGCAGCCCCAGCCCAGCAGUCAGCAGCACCGAGUCCUGCAGCAGCUACAGCCUGGUGACCUACGUCUGCAGCAGCUUCAGCAGCAACAGCAUCAUCACCAACAACAACAACAACAAGCGGUGCAGCAACAACAUAUAAAUGCACAGCAACUGCAUUACCUCCAGUAUCAACAGGCUGUGCAGCAGUCCCUCCAGCUUCAGCAGCAGCAAGCCCUCCUCCAGCAACAGCAGCAGCAGCAGCAACAGAUGAUGAUGCAGCCGAUGUACCAGCAGCAGGUUGCCCAGGCCCAGGCUCAGGCUCAGUACGCAGCCAUGCUGCACCAGUACCAACAGGCUUUUGUCCAGCAGCAGCAGCAACAACAACAACAACAGCAGCAGCAUCAUCAUCAUCACCAUCAGCAGCAGCAGCAUCAGCAUCAGCAUCAUUCUGCUCAGCAGCCUCUCCCCUAUAUGUCCUCCCCUAUUGAGUUCCAGAUUCCACUGGCUUCCUACAAUGCGACCACCCCCACUGCUGGGACUGGAGCUGGACCUUGUCAGAUGGGAGGACCGUCACCUGUGGAUCCCUCAUACACUAACCCCAGAAACCCUCUGCUUGUUUCAGAUGGGAUCACGCCAGUGUCUCAAAGCUGCAGCAGCACAGUCAGUAACCCCCCAGACAUGUCAGGCUGGAAUCCUUUCGGUGAGGACAACUUCUCCAAGUUGACAGAGGAGGAGCUGCUUGACCGGGAGUUUGACAUGCUCAGAGCAAAAAAGCCAGUGGAGAGAGCAGCCAGCAUGGAAACGGACCGACCGCAGCCUGCUGCCUCUGCCGCCAAGCCCCCUCCACCAGAGGACCUGUUCGGUUCAGUCCCGUUUGUGGCCAGCGCAGGUGCAGACGUGAUGAAGAUUGAGCAGACCAAUGAGGAAGUCAGCGCCCCCCACCCCAUCUCAACCACUGCAGAGGGUCUGCAGCUGACAGCCGUCAAGGAGCACAAACCAGGCAAAAAGAGCAACUGCAGACCAGGUGAGGAGUCUGACAGCGACUUUGAGUCCGAUCCUCCUUCACCUAAAAGCAGCGAGGAUGAAGAGCCAGAGGAGGAGGAAGGCCUGAACAGUGAACACGGUGAAGACACUGAGCCAGAGAAUUUAGGACAGAGGCCUCUGCUGAUGGACUCUGAAGAAGAAGGAGAGGAGGAUGAAGACAAGCACAGUUCUGACUCGGACUUCGAUCCCAGCAGGGCCAAGAGCCGCUCAAAGAAACUUUUGGCUGUCAAAGCAGUUUCAGCUGCUACCAGGAGGAGUCCUCAGAAGGAUUCCGGCAUGACUCUGAUCACCCCUCCUGAGUCGCCCAGCAGAGUGAGAGCUGCUCCAGCUGUCGAUGCUGUGGAUGUUUUUGGUGCUGUUCCUUUCCUUGGAGGAGCCACGCCUGUCGGGCCUCUGGAAAGCACAGACAUUUUUGCCAAAGCGCCUUUCAGGCAAGUCAGCCAUGACCAGAAAGCUGUGGAUGAGUUCGAUGUUUUUACCAAAGCCCCAUUCAACAGGAACCUCUCCAAGUCAGGCAAGAGUGGCAGUGAUGUCCCCAUGGGACAGACGCCGCCCAUUUCGCCUGAGGGCAUUGACAUUUUCGGCUUCUCUCCCUUCCACCCAGGCCCGAGCGAACCGCUGCCCACCACCUCUAGAAGUGCAGAAGAUAUCUUCCACACGUCUUUUGAGGAGUCGACCAGCCCUCAGCAACAGAGGUUGAAACAGCGCAGCCUCCAGAAACUGUCAUCACGCCAGAGAAAAACCAAGCAGGAGGCCACAGCAGGCGGCAGCAACGGCAAACGCCACCACGGUACACCGACUGGAGGCCGCAAGACCAACAAGCCAACUUACCGCACACCAGAGCGGGUCCGCAGACACAAGAAAGUUGGCAGGAGAGACUCACAGAGCAGCAAUGAGUUCCUCAGCACCUCAGACUCUAAAGAGAACAUCAGUGUUGAUAUAACCAUGGCUGAAGGGAAAGACAAAGGAGCUUCUCUACCAGUAGAUGAGGCCCUUUUAGAUCCCUUUGGAGCCAAACCUUUCCAUCCUCAGGAUGGUAGCUGGCAUGGCCAGUUUCAAGGACACAGUGACAGCAAGGGGGACAUGGGUACAGCCAAUGGUAAGUCCUGGACUGGUUCUCUUCAUGGUGCUCUUGAAGAAGGCAGGAUCAUGGAUGAUUUUGGGGCGGUGCCCUUCACAGAAAUGGUCAUCCACAGUGGACGUCAGCAGCAGCAGCAGCAGCAGCCACCGCCACCACCCUCACAACCAGGCGAGCUUGACCCGUUCGGAGCCGCACCUUUUCCCUCAAAGCAGUGACUUUUUUUUUUCUUUCUUUUUUUUCUCCCUCUUCCCACACUGCCAGUUGCUGUUAAAUAAUCCUUGAGCUUUUCUUGGCUUGGAACCAAUCAUGAAACAAGACAACAACAACAAUGCCCUAACUCUCUCUCUCUCUCUUUUUUUUUCUUUCCAUUUUAAUACCCCUUAAUCCUGUGGAGUGCGAGUGAUGACAUAUCUUUCAGCUGUACCUGUUUGCUGAGAAGCCUUUAAUGCUGCAUCUCAACGCUUCUAUAGACGUUUGACCUGGGAGAAAUGUAAAACCCACUCGAAAUUGUACUGUGACUAUAAGCUUGAUGUUCGACCGCUUCACUUGCUGCAAAACGCUCUAUGGCCUACCUUCCAAUCUACCAAUAUGUUCUUUUAGCACCACAAAGCCUUACCUGAGCUGGGCUCUGCCUUGCUGCACAGUACCUCGGAAACCACGACACAGUCGGCCUGUGUUGGCCUUUCAUGUCGGUGGAAUCAUUUGGGAGUUGACCUUAACCACUUUGUUUUGUCCUUAUUAGACCUUUCUCUAUGCAUAAUUUCACAGUAGUCUUUACGCAGCCAAAUGUGGCUAUCAUUCGUGUUGCGCCACACUUUGAAUACUAGAGGGGAUAGAAUUUUAAUGUACUUCCUUAAAAAGUUUGAUUUGUUAAUUGGACCAGGUUUAAAUUUAGGCUCUUAACUGUUUUCCUUUUUUUAAACAGUAAACUUCUUUGUAAGUACUGUUAAUUUUCUAUUGCAUUAAAUUCCAGCUCACAUUCUGUUAGAAAUGAGGAAGAAAUAAAACACAAAGCCACAUUAGAUCAGAGGGUUUGCAUUUUAAGAACAUUGACCCCCUACAGAAAUGUGCAAACUGUACUGCUAUAUUUUCUCAUCAACGGACACGCUUCUAACACUAGAUUUUAUUUCAUAGCAUUUUAAACAUGAUUCAUGAUUCAAAAUAAAUGGAAUUUGCACCAUCAUUUAAAUGAUGAGGAUGGCAGAAUUCCUUAUAUUUUGUUCUUGUCAACAAAUUCCAUAAAAAGAACAAAAAAAAUUGUAAGUCCGUCGCUCAAUACCUGUCAGCAGGAUAAGUUCAUUAUAGCAUUUGGUCUUUUUGUGUUAUUUGUUUACAAGAACAAUACAGAAUAUUACUAGAGUUGCUCUUUAACACGGUUCUUUCCACCUAAGAAUGUGAAUUGCCAUAUUAUUCAUAAUGGAAAAAUGAAGUUAGUUCGUUUGUUUUCAUGAACGCACUUUUCAGAGCUGGGUUCUUCCAUGGACUUGUUCUCCAUUUGGUCCACAUCGACAGCCUUAAGCACUGCAUUUACCUACACAACCAUUGGCACAUUUCUUUGACUUAAACCCGCAGGUUACUGUGUUUUCACCACUGGACCCAUUUGAUACAACUAAUUUCCACCCCCACCCCACAAGGGUGAGUCUUGUAUUUAUCAUGCUAUACUGCUGUUUGACACAAUAAAAAGAGUCAUUUCAGUGUA